UUUUUGUAUAAAUUAAUUUAUGGAUCAAAACCUUGAAUAAGAUAGAAAUUGGGAUGAUUUAAAAGGAGUCCUAGCAGAAGAUAUUAUAAACAAAUUUAAAGAGAUAGGACCUACUGUUUAUUCUCAUCAAUAUGAAUUCAUAAAUUACUGUUUAGGGUAAGAAAUCAAUUAAUAAUUUCCUGUUAUUGCUUUAAGAAGUUAAACUGGAAGUGGAAAAACAUUAUGCUUCUAAUCUCUUAUUUAUUAGGAAUUUAAAGACAAACAUCAAAAAAUUAGUGAAUAAAAAUAAAUAAAGUAGAAAGACAAUACAAUGAAAGAAGUAAGAAUGUUAUAUCCGUAUACAAUUGUUUUGGGAUAGACUAUAUAUUUGAAAUAACAUGAAGAGAAUUUUAGAAGGUAUUUACCUGAAAGAUUGAAGAAUUAAAAUUUAAAAUUUUAAACAUUUUUUGCAUUAACAAAAGACAAUGUAUUAUAUUUAUAAUAUUGUAUAGUAAUUUCAAUAAGUAAAAGAGAAUAGAAUAGAAGAAGCUGAUUGUUAAGUGUAUUUAUGUCAUCCAAGUAAAAUGUUAGCUGGAUUGAAGAAUCGUAUAAUAAAUGUUUCAAAUCUAAGAUAUUUAAUAAUUGAUGAAGCUGAUUAAUUAUUAGAGAAAAAUGAAUAAAAUUAAGCAAGAGUUGAAACUAUGCAAUUAAUAUAAUUCAUCUUAGGUUAAACCAAUAAUUAAAGUUAUCAAAUCAUUUUUGUGAGUGCUAGUUUGAAACCAGAAGAUAUUUAAAUUUUUAUUAAGGAAUGUGUUUAAAAUAAUGUAGAUUCAAGUAAGAAAGUAGAUUCUAGAUUCUUAAAAAAAGAUGAAGAUGAUAUCUAAGAAAUAAUUUGUAAUAUUAGAGUAAUUCCAUCUAUUCAAUAACAAAUAUCUCCAUAUACAAUAGUUCAUAUGUAUAAAGAGGCUAUAGAAUAACCAGAAUAGAUAUUAGUUGAUUUGUUAAAGGAUGUAUUUGAUAAAUUCACAGAGGCAUAAGUAAUGAUAUUUUUCAAUAAAAAAACAAUUGUUAAUGAAUUAGUAAAUUUAUUUAAGAAAUCACAAAAAUUGGAAUAUAUAGUUAAAAAUAAUUGGAUUGGAGAAUGUACAGGAGAUACAAAUUAAAUGGAUAGAGAAACAGUAAGGAAGGAAUUUAAAGAUGGAAAAAAGAAGAUUCUACUUUGUACAGAUGUAUUAUAAAGAGGAAUGGAUUUUAGAAAAGUGAGAGUAAUUAUUCAUUAUGGAUUACCAAUAACUCCAGCAGGAGAUUUUAAAGAAGAAAGGUAUAAUAAUAAAUAAAUUUAAGUUAUUAUUAACGAUCAGGAAGAACAGGAAGAGCUAAAGAUGAAGGAGUUGUUGUUUCUUUGUUAUUAGAUGAUGAUUUAAAAUAAAAGAGAUAAGAGAAAUUAGUAGAAAGUUUGGUAAAGAAUAAUUCAAAAAUACAAAAGUAUGAUUAGAAACAAUUCUGUAAUGAUUUGGCAAAAUUAUUGAAUUUCAAUAAAGAGUGAUA